CUGAUUCGGGACAGCGGCACGUACGCCGAGUUUUUGGUGGACAUGGCACGUUCAGGGCUCGUCUCCUUCACGAGCGAGAGGCCAUCCACCGUGGGAGUCUUCUUCGUAAAGAAAGGUCCAGAUCGUCUCCGACUCAUCCUGGACACUCGACGAGCAAACAAGCUGUUGUUGGAUCAUUGCCACACCCAGUUCUCUACGCCAUCGAGUUGGUCCUCUUUGUACUUGCCACCCGAGGCGGAGCUGAUGAUGUCUCAGACCGACGUCAACAACGCGUUCUACCGCAUCCAGCUCCCCCCCGGCAUGAACGACUACUUCAUCCUGUCCAGCAUCGACGCCAAGUGGAUCACCGAGGCCGCUCCUGAUCUGGCCCUUGGUCUCCCCGCGGGCAUCCGCAUCUCCCCGCGCAUGGAGGUGCUGCCCAUGGGGUUCAACUGGGCGUUAUUCUUCUGCCAGGAGAUGGUCCGCAACGCCGCGGAGGACGCCGGCUUCGCUGACGGACGGAUGUUCCUGGACCGCCACUCGGCCCCCGACAUCACCACCGAGCCAGGCGCCGCCGUGUACGUCGACGGCGUGGCCGUGGUGGGGGCGGACCUGGAGGCGGUCGAGGCCGGCGGAGUCGCCGUGGCCAAGCAGCUGGAGGAGCGCGGCCUCCAGGUCAAGGGGGUCGAAGGCCCCUCGGACUCCCAGACCUUCACGGGGAUGGAGUUCGAUCGGACCUCCGGCCGCAUCUCGCUCAGCCGCGAGAGGAUCUGGAGGCUGCGCGCGGCCCUGCUGUUUGCUGCGGACCAGCGCUACUUGACUGGGCGCCAGAUGCGGCGCCUGGUCGGCCACUACACGUGGAGCGCGACUCUGCGGCGUGAGCUCCUCUUCAGCAGCGUCUACGCCCGGGCGGAGAAGGCGGGCGACAAGAGGUGGCGCCUGUGGCCUUCGGCCGAACGGGAGCUCCGACAGGCCGCCGCCCUCGUGGCCUUCGCCUUCGCGGACCCCAAGCGCCCGUUCCACGCCGCGGUCGUGGCGACCGACUCAGGCGCCGGGCUGGACGACGCCGGCGGCUACGGCGUGGUCACGCAGGAGUGGCCCGUGGAGAAGGUCCGGCGCUGCUGUGGGCAUGCCGAGAAGUGGCGCUACGGGGUGCAGGGGCUCGUCGCGGCCAGGGCUGCCGCGCUGGGCAGCCCCGCCGACCCCAGCUCGCCUCGCCCGACGGCGGAGAGCGGCGAGAGGACCACAGACUUCGAGAGCAUGACGCGGGACGACAUCGGGGCCUUCGAGAACUGGAAGCUGGCCGUGCUCGCCAGCCGCUUCGAUGCCGAGCUGGAGAGCGCGGCCCGCAGCCUUGGGCCCGCCCUUGGCGGGGACGCCUGCGGCCGCCCCCUCGCCGGCCUGGGGGGCCAGCUCGCUGCUGAGGAGGCCAGGCUCGGCGCUGCCGCCGCGGAGGCCGGUGAGCUCAGCGACAGCUCCUCCAGCUCGGGGGAGAGCUGGCCAGCCGGCCCCAGCGGCAGCGACGGCCACGCGCCGCUGCGCACGGGGCGGGCCGACUGCGGCACGAUCGACUCGAGCAGCAUCGACCUGCGAGCCCGCCGCGGACAGCAGAGACGGCAGCACCAGGCGCGGGAGAUCGCCGAGGCCCGACGCCACGGCUUCACCAGCCUCCAGAUGGCCAAGAUAGGGCCUCGCUCCCGCGCUCAGUACCAGAAGUUUCACCAGGCCUUCCUGGAGUGGAGCAGCCAGGAGGGUCAGCCACUGGACACCGACCUCCAGAUCGACCGGGCCCUCAGCAGGUACAUGGAUUACCUGUACUACGAGGGCUUCAACGCGGACGCGGGCGAGAAGGUGCUGGCGGCUGUGACCUUCCACGGCCCAGUGGAGGGCAUGGAGCUUCCAGGAGCUCGCCGGGCGCUGGCGGGGUUCCGGCGCCGGGCGAGCGCGAGGACCCGCAGCCCCCUGCCACUGGCGGGCGUGAUGGCCAUCGUGGGUGCAGCGGCAGCCGACGGCCAGCUCCCCUUUGCCCUGGGGCUGGUGCUGGCGUGGGAGGCCUACCUCAGGCUGCCGUCCGACCUCGUGAGCAUGGUGGGCGCCUCUCUGGUCAGGCCAGCCGCCCGGAGCCCCCAGGCGUGCUGGGGCCUGCUCCUGUUUCCUCAGGAGGGGGAGGCGCGCAGCAAGAUGGGACACUACGACGAGGGGAUCAUGCUGGACGGCCAGUUCGGAUCCACGCUAGCGCCUUUCCUUCGCCGGCUGAAGGCCCAGACCGCCGACGCCAGCCCGCUGUGGUCCUUCUCGAGCGCCACCUUCAGGCGCCUGUUCAACGAGUACGCCGCGAAGGUCAGCCUCGGAGGCAAGAAGCCCUACCAGGUCAGGCACGGGGGAGCCUCGCUGGACGCCCUAGAGUGCCGGCGCAGCCUGAAGGAGAUCCAGGAGCGACUCCGCCACCUGUGCGAGUCCAGCACCCGUCGGUACAAGAAGGGGACCAGGUACCUGGCCGAGGUCAACAGCCUCGACAGCCGGGCCCGAGCCUACGGCGAGCAGGUCCUCAGGCAGCUCGACGGGGCGGUGGAGCGGGCCUCGGACACCAAGGUGAUCCGCCACCUCCGUCAGGGGCUCGCCCGGGCCAGCAGGCGGGGCCGGCGCCGGGGGCAGGUGUUCCUUGACGUGUUCAGCGGUGCUGGCGGCGUCGCCAAGGCCCUCGAGCGCCACGGCGACAACGGCUGCCUCCAGAUCGACACGGAGGCCGACGUAGCCUUCGACCUCACCCGCCGCUCGGCCCAGCAGCUCAUCUUGGGCUGGAUGGCCGGCAG